UAGAAAUAAAUAUAUAAGAUUAUGUUGUGUUAACGAGUCCCAUGAGGAAAUAACUCCCAGUUGAGCUACUAAGCAGAUGUCAUUGCACAUAGUAGGAGCUUAAUCAUGUAAUUUAAACCAUAACUUACAGAAGCCAACACUGACAGAGACAGUCGCAACUGGAGACAAAUAUCAAUGACAAACAGAUAAGGAGACCGCAGAAGGAAUGGAACCAAGCACUGGCCAAUAGCGGACUACCAAUUCAACCGCUAAGGCGUGCAGGGGCUAAAGUCGUAGGGUUAAACUAAAAGCCUAAAAGCUUCGAAAAUUUAUGUUCAAAAAGCAAGGAAAUGGCCAUAAUGCCGAAAGUACCUUUGAAGAAGUGACAUUACGCACAAAUGAACAGCAUGCGGAUAAAUUACACUGGAGAAAGUUGCAAUCAUUUUGAAGACUACAUCAACAAGUGUGCCUGUUAUAGCUAAAGGUACUUAACAGUGGUCUGCGUCGCCUUAUGAGCGUGACAGUGUGUCCUGCAAUAUUGUACUCUAUUCGUGAUAGAUGAUAUUUAAAUGUGCAUAUAGUUGAAGGCGGUCUACAAGGUUUAUUAACUGAAUUUCCCCCCUUCUUCUGAACGCCUGUUUUGAUUAAUUUCUCUUCGACAAAUCAUCAAAAUGCACAACGAAACUGAUGGCGGGAAUCCAAAUCAACUUUCCUCAACGAUCAUUCUGAACAUUAUCAUGGAAGCCGUGCUGAUGAUAGUGGUAUGUUUUGGCAACACGCUGGUCAUUGCAGCCAUUCACCGUUGUGAGAGUCUCAAGACUGUCACUAAUUACUUCAUAAUGCACUUAGCAAUUGCAGACUUUUGUAUUGGUCUCAUUAUGCCAAUGCAUAUUUCUAUGUUCCUAUACAGGCCGAUGUUGGAGAACAUAUAUGUUUGUUUAUUCAGGUAUUGCUCCAUAAAAGUGACCUUCACGGUUUCAGUUCUUCUCCUGCUGGCCAUCGCGGUGGACAGGCACGUGUCCAUCGUGUACCCGCUACGCUAUCACGUGAUCAUGACGAAAACGAGGGCACGUCGCAUUGUGAUAGCUAUUUGGGUCGCCGCCUUAGCUUUUUCUUUGUUCUUGCCGAUGCUAUGGCACAAUGACUGGGACGACAUCCCGGAUGACGAGUGUGAUUUUGUCAAGGUGAUGAGAUGGGAAUAUUUGGGUUUGCUGGCCUUCCCACUGUUUAUAAUUAACACCCUGUGUAUGGUGGGGUUGUAUUGGAAGAUAUUUAGCAUAUCGCACGACCAGGCAACUAGGGUCAUGCCUGGAGACACAGGGUGCAGCACCUUCCGGUUCAACCUCAGAAUUGCCAAAACCGCAUCCAUUGUAAUUGGUCUAUUCAUCCUGUGCUGGUACCCGUUCUUCAUUAUCAUGGCCAUUCAAAUCUACGCUGAUCUGAUCUAUUCCGAAACAUGGGAAAACUGGCGCAGUCACGUGACGCAUCUCGCUGUUGCAAAUUCGGCAGUCAAUCCAAUCAUUUACGCCUUCAGGAUGGACUCUUUCAGGUCGGAGUUUAAGAAGCUAUUAAAGAUACAAGAUUCGUUGCCAGCGUCUCAGCGGCGCCCUCUUACAUUAGACCCGAGAGAAGGAUACCCCAAUGAGGAUCAAGCUGUUGUAUUGACUAUGUAUACCAAUCACGGUUUUUUUAAAGAGACGACGGACCCAAGCACGCGUAAAUUCGACCUGCCGGGCAGUGUAGACAUGGCGGCACUCGGCAAGAAUGGUUCUGAUAUUACCCUGUGUAAACAGAACGAUUCUCAAGGCGAGUUCGAUUUAAGCGACAUGAAAUGUAGAGUAAUUGGUCCCUUGGCGGAAAACAACGGAAGCGAGGUAUUGGAACAAUGCUUUUCACAUUUUUUGGAGUCUGAUGAGUCGCCAAACAAUACGAAAGUGUGA